AGGCGAGGUGGCUACGACGCAGGCGCGCGGCCCGGCCCCGGGGAGAGGGUCGCAAGAUGGCGGCGCUGAAGGAAGCUCGGGGCUACGGGCUGUCUUGCGGGCGGGUGAGCGACGGCAGCAAGGUGUCCGUCUUCCACGUGAAGCUCACCGACAGCGCGCUGAGGGCCUUCGAGAGCUACCGCGGCGGCCAGGAUUCUGUUGCUUUGAAACCAUCGAUCCGAUUUCAAGGAAGCCAAGGGCACAUCACAAUUCCCCGGCCUGGUUAUCCAACAGAAGUACGAACUUUCACAUUUUAUCUUUCAAAUAUUGGCAGGGAUAGCCCCCAAGGGAGCUUUGAUUGCAUCCAGCAAUAUGUGUCCAGCAAUGGAAAUGUUCACCUGGACUGCCUGGGCAGUAUACAAGACAAGAUUACUGUGUGUGCCACCGAUGAUUCUUACCAAAAAGCCCGACAGAGCAUGGCCCAAGCUGAGGAGGAGACCCGAAGCCGCAGUGCCAUCGUCAUUAAACCGGGAGCUCGUUAUGUGGGCAAAAAGGUUCAGUUUCGGAAGCCAGCCCCAACUGCUGCAGACACUGUUCCCUCAAGGAAGCGCUCAACGCCAAUCAAUGUCGCCAGUGCCAUCAGGAAGAGCAAUCCUGGGAUUUCUCAGCAACCUUUCAGAGACAGGGUCAUUCACUUACUGGCACUUAAGCCUUACAAGAAACCAGAGCUGAUCCUCAGGCUGCAAAAGGAUGGCCUUCUAUCACAGGAUAAGGACACACUGGACAGCCUCUUGCAGCAGGUUGCCAACUUGAGUGCCAAGGACAGCACAUACACAUUAAAAGAUUGCAUGUACAAGGAUGUUCAGAAGGACUGGCGUGGAUAUUCAGAAGGAGAUCAGCAGUUACUAAAAAGAAUUCUUGUUAGGAAACUCUGUCAGACACAGAAUGUAGGUAAUGUUCCUGGAGACACACCUUCCUCAAGUCCACCACCAAAAGACCCUUUGAAUUCCUCAUCACCCCCUCAGAAACGAUCUCAGCCACUGGAUUUCAUUGACCCACUAGCAAAUAAGAAGCCGAGGAUAUCUCAUUGUACUCAAAGAACUCAACCCACUUUCAAUGGGAAACUGAACUCUUCUAAUGGGAAGGAAGUCCCUUCUGCUCCUGGCCCAGCUUCUGUGGCCAAUUCAGUCAGCUCUAGCUCCCACCUCCCAGUCUUGGAGCUUCCCCGGCCUCAUGACCCCCUCACUGAUGUCAGCAAUGACAUAUGUCACAAUGGCAGAGACUGUGAGAAUGCCGAGGCCUCUGAAAGCCUCAGUCUCCCUCCGCUGACAGACUGUCCCCAGACCAGCAAACACAGUUGUGCCUCAUGGCAUAUGAAAACCAAGAAGAAAUCCAAAAAGCACAAAGAAAAGGAGAAGCGAAGUGAGGAGAAACAUAGAGAAGAGAAGCAGGAUUGUGAACUCAUGAAGAACUCCGAUCCUAAGAUGAGUGGGGCUCUGCAGGAAGGCACAGGUUUAAAUGGAACAUGCAAUAAUUCUAGUGUUCCAACAUCAACUUCAGAAAUGCCGGAUUAUCUGUUAAAAUAUGCUGCCAUUUCCUCCUCGGAACAACGUCAAAGUUAUAAGAAUGAUUUUAAUGCUGAAUACAAUGAGUACCGAGAUUUGCAUGCACGGAUAGAGAGAAUAACUCGAAGGUUUACACAACUGGAUGCAGAGCUCAAACAACUUUCCCAGGGUUCAGAAGAAUAUGAGACUACCCGUGGUCAGAUUUUACAAGAAUAUUGGAAAAUCAAAAAGACUAAUACUAACUACAGCCAAGAAAAGUACCGUUGUGAAUAUCUACACAACAAACUGGCUCAUAUCAAAAAACUGAUAGCAGAGUAUGACCAGCGGCAGCUCCAGCCUUGGCAGUGACCUGUGCGCUGGGAACACCGGGGCCUGGGGCGGACUUCUGGCUGGCUGCGGCUCAGCGGCUGCCACCGUGCUGAACUGGCUCCCGCAGGGCCAGAGGCAUUUCAAGCUUCACCCUCUUGGUGUGUGUGGGGAACAGGGGAAAGUUUAAAGCAAAAGAAAAUGCAUCUAUUUAACAAAAAGUAGAUAAAUAAAAGGAAAACUCACUCAUUAACUUCCAGGGGAAAACGUGCAGGGGAAAUCCUUGGUUUCCAUAGGUUUGAGUGAGCAGCAGAUUUGUCAGCCCCUGGUUGGGCUGCUUAUGGUCCUUUGGUUCUUCUCCUGCUCUCCCCCCAAGUCAUGGGGGCUCAUUCUUGGGGCCCAGUCACCAGCCUAAGAAGCAUCUUAUUUAUAUGCAAGCUGUCUGGGCGCCUUGCACAGGAUCAGCUCCUGAGCUCCCAUGGCUGGAGCAAGUGUCUCUUCAACCAGCUCACUUGGGUGGCUUCUCGGUGGGCCCAGGCCCAGAGCUCAGCUUCAUGUUUACUAUUGGAAAAUGCUCCUACCGGCACUGGGCCCCGGGAGAGCGGUCCCUGAAAAGCCUCUCCUCUGGUGACCGGCACCUAUCUUCAGCCUGCAUCGCGCGCUGUCUCCAUUGUCCCAGAGGACUCUGAGAUGUCUGUCCAACUUUUCUAGUUUUAUAUGAAGAUGGCCAAUUUUAUUCCUUGCUAAUGAGACGAUGGUCUAUUUUUGUAUGAGAGAAACUGCAUCUUUUCUAAAUCCGUGCCUCUCCUCCCUUUUGGGCCAAUGGUCUGGAUCCCUUCCCUUUGUUCUAAUUGCAGUAUUACUAAA